UAAAACGGGUCGCGAAGAUGGGGUCCAGAAAGAUUGCUGAUACUCUAGAUCCGGAAGAUAACGAAUCUAAAGCUACCACCACCAACACUUGGGCCAGGAAGAUUACUGAUACUCCAGAUCCGGUAGAUAACGAAUCUGAAGCUCCCUUUCCAAAUCUUCUAGACCAUGCACCAUCAAGGCCACACCAAUCUCCUGAAAAUGGUGGUCCAUCGAUGACGACGGCACGGUUUAGUCUCAAAAAAUCCAAAUAUGACCAGUGGUCGGAAUUAAG